GGGCUGUAUCACAUUUCUACUGGUUCUAGUCCCUUUUGUUUUAAAUAUCAUUCUUAUAUUAUCCGCGCAUUACAAUUUGAAGAAGCCUCGCCAGCGCAUUUGAUCCAAUCCGUUCUCAUGUCGGUACAGCAGCAAUCCCUUCAUAUUAACAGAUCCUCAGCGGUUGGUUUGAUCCGCUUCUGUGCCGGUGUUGCAACACCUAGCUGCGGCUUAUCCUGACGUCACGUCCCAGCGACACGCCCCCUGCUUCCUUGCCGUUUGAAAAGCCUCGUCAAAGCGCCGCUGUAGAGAGAUGGCAGCUGCGGGUUUUGAACCCGGUGCCGGGCGGGGAAUCAUGGCUGCAGAACAAGAGGCUGAAGAAACUGUUUCUCAAGAGCUGCACAGCGCCUCUGAGCUGAGGAUCGUGCUGCUUGGGGGAAGCUCGUACUGGGAUGCUGGGAAGAGUGCAUCAGGGAACACCAUCCUGGGCAGAGAGGAGUUUAGAUCUGGAUUCAGCCUCUCUAGAAGAACGAAGGAGUGUGAGAAGGGAACGGGAGAAGUGUCUGGGAGACGGGUCACUGUGGUCGACACUCCACACUUGUUACACACAGACCAGGUCGAGAUUGAGAGAUGUGUUUCUCUGUCUGCCCCGGGACCCCACGCUUUCCUCCUGGUGAUACCCGUGUAUUCAAAAGAAAUGAUUGACACUCUCCGUGAGUCUAUAGUAGAAGAGUAUUGCGAAUCCUUUGAUAAAGUGCAGAAGCUGUUUGGUGAGAGAGCUGUGAGGAACACGAUGAUCCUUUUCACCUUCGGGGAUCUGAAAGGCAGGACGAUUGAGGAGUACAUUGAGGAAGCUGGUGAGGAGCUCCAGCAGCUUGUUGAGAAAUGUGGGAACAGGUAUCAUGUUCUCAACAAUAAGAACAGGAGCGAUCGCACUCAGGUCACACAGCUCCUGGACAAGAUAGACAACAUGGUGAAGGGAAGUGGAGGCUGCUACACCAUGAAGAUGUACUGGGAUGAGAAACUUAGACAAAAGCUUAAAGAGAAACACAAAGAGGAAUGGAGCAGGAAAGAAGAGGAGAUGAAACAGAAAUAUGAGGAGGAACAGAGGAGGAGAGAAGAGGAGAUGAGACAGAAAUAUGAGGAGGAACAGAGGAGGAGAGAAGAGGAGAUGAAACAGAAAAAUGAGGAGGAACAGAGGAGGAAAGAAGAGGAGAUGAAACAGAAAUAUGAGGAGGAACAGAGGAGGAGAGAAGAGAUGAAACAGAAAUAUGAGGAGGAACAGAGGAGGAGAGAAGAGAUGAAACAGAAAUAUGAGGAGGAACAGAGGAGGAGAGAAGAGAUGAAACAGAAAUAUGAGGAGGAACAGAGGAGGAGAGAAGAGGAGAUGAAACAGAAAUAUGAGGUGGAACAGAGGAGGAGAGAAGAGGAGCUGAGACAGAAAUAUGAGGAAGAACAGAGGAGGAGAGAAGAGGAGAUGAAACAGAAAUAUGAGGAGGAACAGAGGAUGAGAGGAGACGAGAUGAAACAGAAAUAUGAGGAAGAACAGAGGAGGAGAGAAGAGAUGAAACAGAAAUAUGAGGAGGAACUGAGGAGGAGAGAAGAGGAGAUGAAAGAGAAAUAUGAGGAGGAACAGAGGAGGAGAGAAGAGGAGAUGAAACAGAAAUAUGAGGAAGAACAGAGGAGGAGAGAAGAGGAGAUGAAACAGAAAUAUGAGGAGGAACAGAGGAGGAGAGAAGAGGAGAUGAGACAGAAAUAUGAGGAGGAACAGAGGAGGAGAGAAGAGGAGAUGAAACAGAAAAAUGAGGAGGAACAGAGGAGGAGAGAAGAGACGAAACAGAAAUAUGAGGAGGAACAGAGGAGGAGAGUAGAAGAGAUGAAACAGAAAUAUGAGGAGGAACAGAGGAGGAGAGAAGAGAUGAAACAGAAAUAUGAGGAUGAACAGAGGAGGAGAGAAGAGGAGAUUAAACAGAAAUAUGAGGAGGAUCAGAGAAGGAGAGAAGAGGAGAUGAAACAGAAAUAUGAGGAGGAUCAGAGGAGGAGAGAAGAGGAGAUGAAAGAGAAAUAUGAGGAGGAACAGAGGAGGAGAGAAGAGGAGAUGAAACAGAAAUAUGAGGAGGAACAGAGGAGGAGAGAAGAGGAGCUGAUGGAGAAGUUGAGGAAGCAAAUGAAGGAAGAGGAGCUGGAGAAAGAGCCAGAGGAAUCCAAGCUGCCUCUCAGGAGAAGGAAUAGCAAAGAAUUAUUACCCCCCAAGAUGUCUGGAGGUGAAGGAGAGGCUCCCCUUGCAGAUACCCAAGCGCCUCCCAGCCCCCCUGAGCUGAGGAUGGUGCUGCUUGGGAAGACUGGGGCUGGGAAGAGUGCAGCAGGAAACACCAUCCUGGGCAGAGAGGAGUUCAGGUCUGAAGCCAGCUCCUCUGCAGUAACGAGGGAGUGUGAGAAGAGAAAAGGACAAGUGGCUGGGAGACGUGUUGCUGUGAUCGACACUCCAGAGCUCUCUCAGGACAAACUCCAGAUUAGGAGCUGUGUUUCUCUGUCUGCCCCAGGACCCCACGCUUUCCUCCUGGUGAUACCGGUGGGCCGAUUCACAGAGGAAGAGAGGAGAGCAGUGGAGACAGUCCAGGAGACAUUCAGUGAGGAGGCUGUGAGGAGGUACAUGAUGCUUCUUUUCACUCACAGUGAGAAACUGAAAGGCAAGACCAUUGAGGAUUAUAUUGAGACAGGCAGCAAGGAGCUCCAGCAGUUUGUUGAGAAAUGUGGGAACAGAUAUCAUGUUCUCAACACUGAGGACAGGAGCGAUCGCACUCAGGUCACACAGCUCCUGGACAAGAUAGACGACAUGGUGAAGGGAAACAACGGCAGCUACUACACCAGUGAGAUGUACCAGCAAGCAGAAGCAAGGGCCGGAGAAGUGAGGAUAGGGAAGAAGAGAGAUGAGCAGAUUGACAGGGUGGGGUAUGAAAAGAGCAAACUGCUAAAGGAGAGGACAGGAGAGCUGGAGCUACAACUGGAGCUGAGGAGAAAGAGGGAGAGAUCCAGAGUGCUGGAGAGGGAGCUGAAGAGAGCACAAGAGGGGGAGCAAGAGCUGAAGAAAGAGAGGGAGAAAAGAAAAGAUAAAGAAGAGAGAGAAAAGGGAGAGCAGAAGGGAACGUUUAACUUGCAGAAGUACAAUGAAAAGCCAACUUGGAGUGAAUAUCUAAGGCCAUCAGUAGUAGUAAUUGGAGGAUCAGUAGGGGCAGCAAUAGGGGCAGUAGCUGGAGCCGUAUCGGGGCCAAUCGGAGCUGCAGCAGGACUGGUUAUAGGAGCUACACUAGGAGCAGCAGUAGGAGUAACAUUAGGAACAGUGACAGGAGGUGGGAUAGGAGCACAGGCAGUAAAAGAGCCAUACAAAACACAGUGAUGAUAACAUGGAGCACACUGAUGUGGAAACUGCACCAGGCUUCCAAUGCUGAACUCUUACAGCCUUCACUGUCUGUGUGUGUGAUGAAUAAGUACAGAGUAAUGCUCACAAUUCACCUGACUGUAAACGCAUCACCUCUGAACCCCAAGACACAUCGGAUUCCAAACACACAAGAUGUUAGAAAAGCCUGAGCCUUUAAUACUUGAAUCAUGUGUUUAAUGGCUGCAUAGAUUCUAGAUAACAUUCAAUAUGCUGUAUAUUAUAGCUAUAUUGUGUAAAUGAUGGAUACUGUAUAUAAACUUUAUAAUACUGAGAUAUAUUGUAGCUGCAGCUAAGUAAUUGAAAUGAUCACUCCACUCAGGAGCUGUGCUUUCACAAUUAAAUAAAAACAACUAAAAGUAAUUUGUUUAAUUGCUCAAUAAUGUCAUACGCUCUACAUGAUAUCUAUAAGUUACUGUAUAAGUUUAUGAUUAUGUUUUUACUGUAUAUAUAAUAUGUAAUAUUGUAUGCAUGAAGCUGACAAGAAAUAUAUUUUUACUUGAAUCUGUGGUGAACCAAUUACUCGAGACAUCUUUCAUUACUUCAGACAAGAUUAAAACAAACUUAAAUUUGCUUCAUCUUCCUACUGGGUGAUUGUGCUGCAAUAUGUAAACUAUCUCAGAACAAGUGACGCUUGAGCAGUGUUGAGAGGCUGUGUGUCGUGUGAAUGCUUUUUAAACCCUGGGAGGAUUGUAAUGUUGAGCAGUGUUGAGAGGCUGUGUGUCAAUGCUUUUUAAACCCUGGGAGGAUUGUAAUGUUGAGCAGUGUUGAGAGGCUGUGUGUCGUGUGAAUGCUUUUUAAACCCUGGGGGGAUUGUAAUGUUGAGCAGUGUUGAGAGGCUGUGUGUCGUGUGAAUGCUUUUUAAACCCUGGGGGGAUUGUAAUGUUGAGCAGUGUUGAGAGGCUGUGUGUCGUGUGAAUGCUUUUUAAACCCUGGGAGGAUUGUAAUGUUGAGCAGUGUUGAGAGGCUGUGUGUCGUGUGAAUGCUUUUUAAACCCUGGGAGGAUUGUAAUGUUGAGAGGCUGUGUGUCGUGUGAAUGCUUUUUAAUCCAUGUUUCUGAUCAUCUGCUUUCUUAUCAACAAGAUCUAAAGGGAACAUCCCCACUAGACUGCAGCUAACCAAUGUCUUUGAUUUUGUACUUGGUGUGAAUGGAAAACAGAAAGCCUUGAUUGGAACAACAUGAGGCAGCAAUUCUUAUGAGAAUGCGUGGGGCCGCAGCGGCAGGAGGUGAUGAAGGACCCUCCACACUUUAUAGCAUCGUUUUCACAAGCAGAAACACCCCCGUCCCUUCCAGGACAGUGAGGACAGGGUCAUGUAUAAAAGGGAAUAGAAGCUGUGUUUCUGUGAAUAAGGGCAACAAGACCCCGGAUCUGGAACAGAAACGGAGGGGCGUCCUGGACAAACAAGAGCCCGCAAAUCAAUCUGUAGUAUUUUGCAUUUAAUCGUAUCCUGAUGUAACUAUCACUGACUCUGUUAUCUGCUCCGAUAUUGAAUCAUAUCUUGUCAUAUAUUUGUAUAGAACUGAAGUCAUUGUAUUUUAUCUUACUCUUAAUUGUAUUAAUACUUCCACUGUGAUUCUUGAAAUGUAUUUUUUGAUUACGACUGUAAGUCACCCUGGGUGCUAAGAAAUAAAUAAUAAUUAUUAUUAUUCAA